GUUAACGGAAGCUUAAGCGCUUAACUGUAUGAUUUUUCCUCAACAAUGCUGCCCUACAAAAUCGAGGCGAAACAUGCCCAAACCAACAAAUCCACAGUAAAACCUCACACACACACAACUGGGAAACUUCAUUUCUUCCCGCUUUUGGUGCCAUCGCCACCGGAGAUCGGCCAUGGCCGCUUCCUCCGCCAGCAAUCCAUCGCCGGCCGACGUGUCAUCCUCUCGCCCUCCACCCUUCGUAUUCUCUUCCGAUUCCCCGACUAGAAUCUCUCUCACUCCCGAUCAGCGUAAGCAUUGCUCUGAGGCUCUUCAAUUAUUUUCGGAGAAGCUCCGUACUCCCGAUCAAAUCAUUCAAGAGUUCGCUCGUUUGCAGGCUACUAGGGUAACACCAUCUCAGAUGUCUAGAAGCUGCAAAGUGGCUUUUGACAGUGUCAACACAAGCAAAAACCGUUAUAUGGAUGUGGUACCUUUUGACCAGAACAGGGUUAUUCUUAAUCCAUGCAAAGACUAUAGACCAUCUGCUAAGGGAUAUAUAAAUGCAAGCUUCAUCACGACUUCUUCAUCUGAAAGCGUUUCUCGGUUUAUAGCCACGCAGGGUCCACUGCCACACACCUAUGAGGAUUUCUGGGAGAUGGUAAUCCAGUAUCAUUGCCCUGUUAUUGUGAUGCUUACUCGGCUAGUUGACAAUUACAAGACUAUAAAAUGUGGAGAUUAUUUUCAAGCAGAAGAUGGUCCUAGAGAUUUUGGAAAUAUAUGUCUAGUUACUAAAUGGAUUCGAAGUACUGAUACUUCAUUAGUGUUGCGGAACUUGGAGGUGGGCUAUAAAGAGUCAGAGGAGCCACCCAUGUCUGUUUUGCAUGUUCAGUACCCUGAAUGGCCUGAUCAUGGAGUUCCCAAGGACACACUUGCUGUGCGUGAAAUCUUCAAAAGACUAUACCAAGUGCCAUCCAAUCUUGGCCCAGUAGUUGUCCACUGCAGCGCAGGUAUUGGUAGAACUGGAACCUACUGCGCAAUUCACAACACAAUCCAGAGAAUUCUUGUUGGAGACAUGUCUGCUUUAGAUCUUGCUAACACUGUAACCAGUUUUAGGUCUCAGAGAGUGGGGAUGGUUCAAACUAAGGAGCAAUAUUUUUUCUGCUAUAAAGCUAUCGUUGAUGAAUUAGAGGAUCUCAUUUCUGAGGGCAACACUUGAAGGACCUCAAAAUGCUAGAUCAGUGACUAUCGUGUGUGGUUGAAAAUGCUGGGGGAUUAAAUGCAACAGCUGCUUGCUGACUUCUCAGAAGCAAGGACCGGACAAACGCAAAUUGAUGAUGCGUCAAUGGGAUUGUUGCCCUCCGCAGCAGCUACAUGCUCUGAUUAAACAUGACCAAAUUUGUACUCUUUAAUCCUCAGCUGGAAGCUGUGUAGUUUAACUUGACACUUUCAUUUUUCAGUACCUUAGCGAAUUAUCUCUAAAUUACCAGAAUUUAAUCACUGCAUUAUAACUUGCUCAUUUUACCAGAUUGGGUGCUAAAUCAAGCAACCUUGGGAUGCUCAAGGUUGAUUUUUGCAUCAAAUGAAACUGUUGAAUUGUCGAGUUCACAUUUGCAUUAUUUGUGAGAUUGUUCUUGUUGGAAAGUGGAAACACCAAGUGUCAAUAAGACUGCUAGAGAUUUGGUCUA